CGCCAUCGCGCCUCCGGGGCUCGGGCGGUUGGGACCGGCCUCGGGUCGCUGCGCAGCAGGUUUUGGGGUUCUAGUACGGCCUGAGGCCCCCGGGGUAUCUGGUCAUCCCUGGUGCCUCGCCAUUGGAACUGCCUUGUCCCUGGAUACAGAUACAGUCUUGUCCCUAGACACAGUCGCCUUUCUGGUACAGAUUGGGAAGAUGCUACCUUUGGAGAAGGCAUCUGCCUCCCCCAGAAGCUCCCCAACACCUCCAGAGCUGCCCACGUCGGGAUCAGCAGCCGGAGUCCAGCAGGAGGAACCUGAGACCAUCCCUGAGAGGACUCCCGCCGACCUAGAGUUCUCCCGCCUGCGCUUCCGGGAAUUUGUCUACCAGGAGGCUGCUGGGCCCCACCAGACUCUGGCCCGGCUGCACGAGCUUUGCCGCCAGUGGCUGAUGCCCGAGGCACGCUCCAAGGAGCAGAUGCUGGAGCUGCUGGUGCUGGAGCAGUUCCUGGGCAUCUUGCCCGACAGGGUCCGGCCCUGGGUGGUGGCACAGUAUCCUGAGAGCUGUAAGAAGGCAGCCUCCCUGGUGGAGGGCCUUGCCGAUGUCCUCGAGGAGCCAGGGAUGCUGCUGGGGUCCCCUGGCUCCUCCUCGGCACUGAGUGAAGGUGUAUUUGAGAGGCACCUGGAGCCGCUGCUGUUACCAGGGCCUGCCAGCCCUGGCUCAGCCCCAGGACCUGGGGAGAUCCCGGCGCCUUUUGAAACACCCUGGCUGGCACCGGGCCCCCUGCUUCCGGAACAGGGGAGUGUCAAAGAAGCAAAGACUGAAGAGGCCAGCCCUGCCACAGCUGAGCCCAAGAAGUCCUUUCCGGAGGAGCCUCAGCCCCUGGGUGAGUGGGGCCACCUGGACCCUGCCGAGGAAAACCUGAAGAGCUACCGGAAGCUGCUCCUGUCGGGGUAUCAGCUUUCCCAGCCUGAUGCCGCCUCCAGGCUGGACACAGAAGAACUCCGGCUGGUGGAAAGAGAGCCUCCAGGAGGUGGCCUACCAGGUGGGCAGCGGCAAGAGAGUGCAGGGGGCACACUGGAGAGGUGUGCUGGGGAUACCCCUGGCGAACCAUCACCAGGCGCUGUAGAGGACCAGGAAGGACAGCCUGGGAAGGCUCCGGAACCCCAGGAUGCCCAGGAUGGGGAGGCCAGCCCCGCCACCGGACCCCUGCGGCAGUCAGUCAUCUGUCAGCCGGCCCAGGACAAGGGCGCAAGGCUGGCCUCCCCCGCGCAAGGCCAGGGCACCAAGAGGCCCCACCCGGACGACACGGACGGGCCUGGCCCUGAGCAUGACCCCAGCGUAGGGCUCCCAGCCAGGCAGGAACCCCCAGGGCAGGACCCAGGCCCCUCUGCACCUCGAGGUGCACUCUACACUUGCGUUGAGUGUGGGGCAGCCUUCGCCUGGCUGUCGCACCUCAUGGAGCAUCAACGUGACCACAGUGGCCAGCAGCGCCACGCGUGCCCAGGGUGCUGGAAGACCUUCCACUUCAGCCUGGCCCUGGCCGAGCACCAGAAGACCCACGAGAAGGAACGGGGCUAUGCACAGGGCAGCGCCUCUGGCCCCCAGCCCACCCUGCACCAGGCCCCGGCCGGGCACCUGGAGCACAUGGAGGGCGAGGCCUUCCCAGCGCCCUCCGAGGCACAGAGGUGAGCGUGGAUACCAGGGCGGCCGUGGACGUGAAUGCUUGUCCGCGUGCCCAUGCAGCCUGGCAGGCCCUAGCCUCCCCGAAAAUGCCCUGGGCCUCCCCAGGGAACAUUGGUGUGAAAGAGACUAUGCUUCAGUCGCAGCCAUCAUAGUGCCACCCUGCUAGACCAUUCGACGUUGUGCAAAGUGUAGCACUGCUUAAAGUGCGUCAUCUCUCAGUGCUUUUGAGUUAUCCUCGUCGGAUUCCUCCUGUUUGCUCCCAGGGUUGCUCAUGUGGACACCUUGUCAGCUGUUAAGCCUUUUUCCACCUACCUGAUGUCAAAUUCACUUCUGAAUCUGCAAAAGCAGAAACUUUCCUAGUUUAACUUACGUGUCUUCAAGAGACUUACAAAGAUCACACAAACGCAGCCUAAUGCAGGGUUUCAGACCGUGGGUCCUAGUCCUUUGGUGGUGAAUUAUGAAAUCAAAUCAGUGGGUGGCCACCAGCAUUGCAGGCAGUGACAUAGCUCAAAAUAGGUCAGAACACAUCAUGGAGUAAAGGCAAAUACUGUUUGGGGAAACUUUUUAUCCACACAUUGAAAUAUGAGAGCUAGUUGCAGUGUAAAAUGUAUUUCUUACUGAGGGGUUGUGAUCAAAAUAGGUUGAAAACACUCAUACUCUGUUUGCUUGAGCAAAGGGUACUGAACUUGGGCUGUAGAAGGUGAUCUUUUAAUGUUUUGCAUUUAUUCUCAGAUUAUUGCAUUGUUCCACUGCCUGCGCAUACAUUUAAUUGCUCCCUGUAGAUGCAGAAGCUGGUGCCUCUUUCUGUCACUGUGUUUGAGCAGGCAUUCUGUUGUAAUGACCCCUAUCCUAUCACAGAGGCUUAACGUAAUAAAUAUUUAUUCACUCACA